AUGAAGGAAAGAAUUCUUAUAGUUUAGAAUGUUUAAAAGAAUGUCUAAGAGUGUAAAAUAGCUCUUGAUAGUCUUAUAAAUGUGUUACUAUCUUAUAAUAACUUUACAUUUGAAUAAUACCCUGAAUUAGGAUUAUAAUAGAUUGACUAAUUAGUAAAAGGCUUAUUUUAAAUGAAAAGUAUCGAAGAAGACUUGUUUAAACAAUUUAAACAAGCAAUUGAAUAAAUAAAAUCAAUUAUAGAUGAAAUCAUAAAAAAAAUAAAACCUUAAACAAAUAUAAAGUAAAAUUAUACUAUAUAAAUUUCAUAAAAACCAAAUUUAAAUCCUUUCAUCUUUGACCUUAUAAAUUAAAAUUCAAUUAAGUAAAAUGAAUGGUGUCGGGCUAUUGCUUUUAAUAAAGAUAACUCCAUCGUGAUAGCUGGAUGUGAUAAGGAUAUUAAAGUAUUUCAACAUACUUAAGGGAAACUGAAUUAAAUUUAAUCAUUAAGUGAGCAUAAAUAUUAAGUCUAGACUUUAAAUUUUAUGUAAUAUACGAAUAAUUUUGUAUCCGGAAGUGGUGAUAAUUCAAUUAUAAUAUGGAAAGUAAUUGGAAUUAAUUAAUGGUAAUGUUAAUAAAUAUUGAAUGGACAUUCAAACGCUAUAUUUUGUUUAUUGUUAAAUAACACUGAUAAUUUAAUUAUUUCAGGUAGCGAAGACACAACAAUAAAAUUUUGGAUGAAAUCGGAUUAGUGGUUGUGUUAAUAAACCAUAACUGAUCAUACUCAUUAUUUAUAUUCAUUAAGUUUAAAUGAACAAUAAAAUAAAUUGAUAUCUUGUUCAUAUGAUUCAUAAAUAUUAGUAAUAGAAAAGCAACAUUUGGCUAGAAUAUGGUGUGUUACAUAAAAGAUAAAAGUAGAUUAUUAUGGUUAUAGAUUAUGUUUUAUUAAUGAUGAUUAAUUUACAUUCUAACCUAGAUGUAAAGAAUAAAUGGUUGUUUAUGAGUUGGAUAGUAAUACUAAAGAAUAUAAGAAAACAAAGGAAAUAGCUGUUAAGUGUGGUUCAAGUGUUGAACCUCGUUUAUUUCCAUAAUAAUACUUAGCAUCAAAGUGUCUUCUUGUGAAUAAGAAUGGCAAGAAUGUUAAUUUUAUGAGGAGAAAAGAAAAUGGUGACUUUCUAAUUAUAUAAUCGAUUGAAUUUGGUCAUUGUGAUAUUUAUGGGUAAUUAAGUGAUGACGGAGAGUAUUUGAUCACUUGGGAUUAUGAAUCAAAGGAAAUACAAAUAAGAAAGUGUAGAGAAUUAUGA